AUGUCCAACCCAAUAACGGCCGCUUCAUCGUCCACGACUAGAGAUAUUACCGUUACCAGUGGUCUGGGACGAGCAAAAACUGCGGGAACUGCGGGAAUACCUAGAAAUUGUUCGUGCGGGGAGAGAAUCGUCGAGCUAAUAUCCAAAUCCCGGCCAAAUCAAUACUGCCGGUAUUAUCGGUGUCUCUAUGCGGAUUCACUUAGGCUGGAGAACGACGACCACAUUUUCAAAUGGGUCGAUGAAACUUUCACCGAUGAGAUUCGACAGUUGCACAACCAAGUUCGAAUCCUAGAAGAAGAAGUUCAAUUGCUCAAGGCAACAAUAAGGAGCAAACGUCCGACAUUAAUGCCUAAGAUAUCAGGAGGUUGUGUCCAUGUUAUUGUCGGCAUCAGUGUCGUAGUUGUAGUUGUAGCCGAUAUUAUAAUGUACAAGUAA